AUUGCAUACAAAACAUACGGCAAAAAUUCAAUAACUUGCUACUCUUAUAAUGAGCAAUCUUUGCUUCGUUGUCAAGAUGUCCGAAUCCUCAUUCGAGCCGUGAAUUCCCAGAGCCCAAAUAGUCCUGUACAAUCAUAAAGCUCGAGCUAUCAAAAAACUAUCGGAGGGACCUCGAUCUCAUAAUUUCAACGAUGGCCCUUGACGCACAGAGUAAUUGGAACGUAGAGAUGUCACAACCUCUUAAGUUGGCCAUCAGAUCUCAAAAGUCGGAUUCUGAACCCGUCCGUGAAUCAAUGGCAGAGCUCUACCGUAAAGCCCCCUCGCAAGAGAUUCUUCUCCCGCUGGAGAUAAUUUCCCACAUCCUCUCGUAUAUUCCACGUCGGGCGAAUACCCAAUCCACUUUCUACUCCUGCACGCUUGUAUCCAGACUCUGGUAUUCUGCAUCUAUAUCUCUAUUAUACGAGCGACCGUAUCUCAGUGGCGGGAAUUUCAAUGCCUUCGUCACAACAGUUUGCCCUCCAAAAUGCACAUAUACGGCAAUCCGCACUUGCCCCGCUGGUCCGCCGGCUUGAUAUGGGAGAGUUGGUACACAAUAGCUCUAGAAGCUUGACUGCGCGGCUACUGGGCCGAAUGAAGGGCAACAUUGUUGAAUUUGUGGCACCACAAGCCUCGUUCGCCAUCAAUUCUUUCCCCGCUCUUAGCAAAUGUACUCAUCUUCGAUACCUGGACCUAUCCCUGAUUUCCGCUUCAAUAUCAACCCGUUUACUAUUUCAAACUCUCAAAACUCUGCAAGAUCUGGAGACUUUACUUUUUCCACGAACUUCCAAUAGUGACCAAGACAGAGAUGACGAAAUAUAUGAAUGGCCGCCGAAGCUACAAGGCCUUCAUUUGGCCGGUGGAGUUGACGAUCACUUCCUUCGUACAUAUCUCCACAAUGUUCCGUCGACGUUGUCACGUUUCAGUAUUCAACACUGCAGCAUGGUAUACGCACCUGCACUCCUAGGUACUCUGGAACGUUUGGGGCCUCAACUCCAGCAUCUAACCAUUCGACACCCGAUGAAUCGUAUAGGAGUAGGCGCAUUAGAUUACGUCCUCUUAAUGUGCCCCUCUCUAACUGCAUUUCGAAUAUCGGCCGAUUUUAUCACAGAUGCGUUAUUUGAGAAUAUAACGCUUAAGCAUCCCCUGCAAAUUUUGGAUUUGGAUUGUAGCGGCACAGCAGGGACUGAGGUAGAUAUAACUGCGGGAGCAGUCUAUGAUGCGGUAGAAGAGGGUAGAUUGCCAUCUCUGAGAAGUGUGAGGGUCAGUGCUAGAUUGGCUUGGAAUGCGACACAGAGUGGAAGACAGGAUAUAACUGACUGUAAGUCGUCUCCUAAUUUGCUUGUGAUUCGCAACUACCUGCAGAAGCCGAUGCUGAAAAUCUGCAGUGAUAGAUACGAUGGAAGAUCUAGAGAAUGAAACUCCACUUGGAAUAGAACCAACAGGUGUCUGGUACUCGAUGGAUUAAUGACCAAGAUGAUUUUAUUCAAGCCAGAAGUGUUUGAAACUGGGACGAACAAUUUAAUAAAGUGUCAACGUUUCAGGUAUAUUGUAACACUCCCCAUAUAAAGCCUAUGAAAAUCAAUGAGUUGGCAAGCUGCCUAGCAAAGGUAUCUCUUGGCCUGGCAUUUCAUCCAAUAUACCUAAUAUGUCCAUAUAUACCUUGCAUCAUACGGUGUACUAUGGAAAUUUCAAAAGCCUGCUUGGCUGGACUAGGCUAAAUUUGAUUUCCUACAAUGACUGUGGUGUAUGGUCCAUGCUCGGAAGCUCAAAUCGAGCUUCUUCUCGAAUACGGUGGUAGGCAGAGGUGUCAGUAUUAUCCUCCUCAGGAUACAUAGCCG